UCUCUCUGCACUUCUCUCUUGUCGCGACUCUCUCUCUAACUCAUCGCAGAUGAUUAUUCCUGUCCGCUGCUUCUCAUGCGGCAAAGUAGUCGGUGAUAAAUGGGACGCCUACCUCAAACUCCUCGAAGAUGGUCGAGAAGAAGGCGACGCACUCACAACACUUGGGCUCAAGCGAUAUUGUUGUCGUCGUAUGGUUUUGACGCAUGUGGAUUUGAUUGAAAAGAUUCUGCACUAUAAUCCUUUAGAGAAGAAUGCGGAUCGUCGGUGAUGGCGCCGUGGUCACUGCGACUAUCGAGGCAGAAGAAUCAAGUGGGCUUUUGAGCAAAUCACAAUUGCAUUUCUACGAGCAACGACGAUGGCUACAGGAGAGCCAAGUCAAAAGCCUAUCCCACGUUGAGACGGAAAAUGUCGUUAAAGACGUAGAAGGAACCGCCUUCGGGCAUCAAAUGGAACACUUGGCUGUAUCGCUGUGGAUUUGUCUCUUCAUCAAU